UCUCCUCUCUGCCUUCCUCCUCCUCCUCGUCCUCUCGUCGCUGCCCUGCCCGCCCCGCGCGGAUCCCGGGGGGCGGUGAUGCUGGACACACCCCGGCCUCGCCCCGCCCGCCGCCGCGCCCCCGCGAUGCGGGAGGUGCGGGAUGAUGCUCCUGCAUGGAGCUGGGACCCCGCGAUGCGGGAUGAUGCUCCUGCAUGGAGCUGGAACCCCCCGAUGCGGGAUGAUGCUCCUGGAUGGAGCUGGGACCCCGCGAUGAGGAGAGUGCGGGAUGAUGCUCCUGCAUGGAGCUGGGACCCCGCGAUGCGGGAGGUGCGGGAUGAUGCUCCUGCAUGGAGCUGGGAGCCCGCGAUACGGGAUGAUGCUCCUGCAUGGAGCUGGGACCCCGCGAUGCGGGAGGUGCGGGAUGAUGCUCCUGCAUGGAGCUGGGAGCCCGCGAUGAGGAGGGUGCGGGAUGAUGUUCCUGCAUGGAGCUGGGACCCCGCGAUGAGGAGAGUGCGGGAUGAUGCUCCUGCAUGGAGCUGGGACCCCGCGAUGCGGGAUGAUGCUCCUGGAUGGAGCUGGGACCCCGCGAUGAGGAGAGUGCGGGAUGAUGCUCCUGCAUGGAGCUGGGACCCCGCGAUGCGGGAUGAUGCUCCUGCAUGGAGCUGGGACCCCGCGAUGCGGGAGGUGCGGGAUGAUGCUCCUGCAUGGAGCUGGGACCCCCCGAUGCGGGAGGUGCGGGAUGAUGCUCCUGGAUGGAGCUGGGACCCCGAGAUGAGGAGAGUGGGGGAUGAUGCUCCUGCAUGGAGCCGGGACCCCGCGAUGAGGAGGGUGCGGGAUGAUGCUCCUGCAUGGAGCUGGGACCCCGCGAUGCGGGAUGAUGCUCCUACAUGGAGCUGGGACCCCGAGAUGAGGAGAGUGGGGGAUGAUGCUCCUGCAUGGAGCUGGGACCCCGCCAUGAGGAGGGUGCGGGAUGGAGCUCCUGGGUGUCCCCGGCUGAUCCCGGGGAUGCUCCCGCAGCGCUCCGGUCUGCGUGGCCCGGGUUCCUCUCCGGCUGCAAAUCGCAUGUCCUGGGCUAGUUUGGUUUUUGGGUGGGUGCCUGCCCUCGUCUAUCAGGGAGCGGACGCUGUUCACGAAGGUGUUUUACCCUCCGCGGAGGAAUUUUGCCCUCCACAAACUUCUGUCCUUGCAGGGGCUGUCCAAACCCUGCUCUCUGUCGAGUGCUGCCUCGGCUUUAAAAUCCCUCCUGAGCAUCACACGGAGAACUAAUCACAGGAUUUGGGUUGGAAGGGACCUCAGAGCUCACCCCAUCCCAACCCCCAUGCCGUGGGCAGGGACAUCUUCCAUCAGACCAAGAGAUGCAAAGGUUCUUUCUUCCAGCUCCCUCCCUCCUCAGGUAGGAUCUCAUCCUGCCCGGAUCUGGGAGGGAGUCAAAGCAAGGAUGAAAGAUGCGGCGAUAUUUCAGAAGCAGCCCAAGGUACAGGGUAGGAAGAUCUCGCGUCAGACCAUUACACACUUUUUUUUUGUUUGUUUGGGUUUUUUUUUUUUUGUUUUCAUUUCUUUUCCCUACCUGGGUACGUAGAGGCACGAGAGUGGAAAAAAAAAGUACUAAUUGCCUAGUGGGCGUCAAAAGGCUCUCCAGAUAUUUUAUAUCUGUAAUUUGCAUCCGCUCUACAUGCCUUCAUGGUGAAAGACCACAUAUAAAUAUUAUAUUAAGCUUUAAUGCACUUGCCGAGUGAGAAGGAUGCACUGAACAGCACUAGGCUGUUGAGAAGUAUUUCUGCAAAUACAAGCUGAAAGUCCAGGCUGCUUGCAUGACAACAAGAAGAGACAUCAUGAAAUUAGGAGUGGAAACGACCCGUUAAGUUGUCUGAUCUCUUGGUUACUUUGGCUGGCACCUCGCAGUAGUUACAGCAUUUCAUUUUGCAAGCCCUUUGUCUACCAUUAAAUUCCUACCAGUGACAAGGUGACAGCCCUUGCCUAAAGCUCUGGUUUAACAUCUGAGCUCGCAAUUAAUCACAUUUUUCUCUGACACUGGAAGUGUUUUGGUUUCAACACCUUGCAUUGUCAGCAAAGAUUUGAAAGGACGAGGCUUUUUCUGCGCUGGUUAAACCACAAAAUUAACAGAAAUGACGGCCCUUGAUAAAGAGCAUUUGACACCUACAAUCCCAUGGUUUUUUUUACUGCUUGCACACAGCUCAGUGCUGCCCACUUGGCAGCAUCCAACAAAACUUUUCCGUGUCCUCAGUGUACCGUGCACUCACAGAACUCACCUGGCAGCGCUCAGGUGUGCUGCAGCCACGCCUCCAUUAAACUGCACAGGUAUCCCUGAGAUUGCAUCACCACCUCUACAGCAACUCGGAUUUUACACAGCAGUCUCCAUGCCAGAGAUCUCCCUGAAGAACUGCUGCCGGGAAAGAAAAUUCUUCUCUUUCUCCCCAAAGGUUGCUUUGCUGUCAAUAAAGAGAUAGUGGAAAUUUAGGAAGCCUUAACAAAGCUUCUGAUUUUAAUGCAUUGUUUCUCUACAACGGUGCUAAUUUUACUGCUUAUCUCUGUUUUACAACCAAGAAUCCAGCUGUCACAAUUACAAGGCAAGCUGCACUGUAGCUGCUGUGGCAGCCCAGCAUGCCUGCACCCCCAAGUGGCAGCCUUGCCUGUGAUUUUUUUUUUUCAAAUUUAUUUUUCUUGAGGGAAUAAUCCCAUAAUGCAGUCCCUUUAUUUCUCCAAUUAGGAUAAAUCUAAAGGGACUAACUACACUCAGUACUUGGAGGUCUUUUUCCACUGAGAGCCUGUGACUAGCAGGUGAUUAAAAUGACACAGAAAUAGCUUCUUCAAAGCCAGGCAUUGUUUAUUCAGCCAAAAAGGGAUGAAACAACAAAAGGCUUUUUUUGCCUGGUCCUUACAGAAAGUGCAAUGCCUUUUUGUUUCCAGGUUCUCCAUAAGUUUUUUUCAAUAAAACCCAUCUUGCCACAUCAGAGUAAUCAGACUUUUCUGCUGCCACACUCAACUUGGGCUCCUCUUCCUGUGCUGCCUCCUCCUGCUUGCCCCCCUGAGUUUUGGGGGUGACUCAGGAUUGGGGGAUGCUGCAGGAGACCCCUUCAUCCAGCACCUUCCUUCUUCCCUUAGCACAGGGCAGCACAACUCCAGCUCAGCGCUGUGAGGUGCAGAUUGCUCCUUCAAACCCCAAGGCAGCAAUCACUUCCAUCUAGGUGUUCUUAAUACGAAUUUUCUGUAUCCAGGCUGGGCAAUUUACCGCCCCAGCCUGGGUUUGACCCAAGAAUUCCUUGGCUGUGGUGCUGUGGGCUCACACUCUUGUCACUGGGGUCGUUGUGGUUGCAGCAUCUCCUCCCCCUAACAGGGACCUGUCCCUGACCUCACCUUCUCCAUGAAGAUUCUAACCUGACGUCCUUCAGUGUACUCUGAGAAAUUAUUAAUCUUUUGCCAUUUUUUGUUUUUCUUGAAGCAACUGCCUCGUUGACAACAGUAAAACCUGCCUUCUGAUCCUGUAAGCACUAUAGGUGUGCAAACUUCAAUUUUAUGGGAAACUCCAGGAUCUUCAGGCCAUCCUGGAGGUUCUCUUUUGUUUUUAUGGGUUACAUACUUUCAAAUCCUUGCUGUUUUCCCAGUGGUGAAGGCACUUUGCUGAAAUACGGGCAGGGUGGGACUGGGAUGUCACAAGCCAUUGCAGCUCAAGCUGAUGUUCUGUCUUUUAUAUCAACAUUAAUAUAUAUAAAAAAUAAUAUUUUUAUAUUUGUAUUUCGAUAUUUACCCCUAAGGCAAAACUCUUCCUCCUGUCAUGUGGAUUCAUUAUAUGCUUCGGGGUUUGGAAUUUAAGAGAGAAAUGGGCUCAAGAACUGCCAUAUAUUAAUGCUUAAUAUUUCUAUCUUCCUUUUGCUGCCCAUAGAACUCAAAUAAUAUUUUUCACUUUCCAGACUGUUCAUACACUUCAGGAUAAUUACUGCUCAAUUUUACUUAGCUUCACUCUAAUACCCAAAUACAUAUUUUAUUUGUUUACCAAUCACUCAGGAUCAAGAACUCUUUUGCAUCCAAUUUUUUUUUUUUUAAUGUUCUUCCAUCUAAAUGAUCAACUCUGUUUGUCAGAAUUUUCUGCCUAAUUGAAUUGCCAGACAGGGACUUCUGGAGACUGCCUAAAUCUGCAUCAUCCCUCCCUUAGGCUAAGGAUUCCUGUAGACCUUCUGGAGUGGAAGGGGUAGAGUGGGGAGACAAAUCAACUGCUACCUUUCCAAGUGUUAAGAAAAAAAUAAAUUUUCCACUGGAAAAGAGCUAAUCCAUGUCUGGUAAUGCCUCCACUGUUUUCCUCCACCUUACUUUCAUUGGUAGCUUACAUUUCCUGCAUUAUCUCCUGUCUUGCCACAAAUGCUGCAAUUAACGCUUUGAAGUCCUGCAGUACAUAAAAUAGGAAAAAAUAUUAAAAUUAUAACCUGUAGAAAUGAAAGCAACCACACUGCCUUAGAUAAGGAACCAUCAGUAAAGAAGCAGUGACAGCAAGUCUGAAUGUACAACAUGAAGAUGAUUUUGGCAUAAGAGAAGAAUAAUGGCUAAUGUUUAGCAGGGACAUCAGGUCUAAGAUUUGUUGCACAAAGGGUGAACCAAGUUACUCCCACCUGUGCUGCAGCAGUAGGAGAGCAAGAGCUGAUCCUUCCUGCCUGCCAACCUCCUGCCAAUUUUAGAUGUCACCCAGACAAGGUGAGUGCAACCUGCCAAUUACCCUAUAACACCUUUAGGGUAUCUUGGAUACCAGCUUUGUGGAGGAGAUUAGUUUUAUCACCAUCUCCUAUCACAGCACCUGCCAGAUCAGAACCUCCUUAGAGCCAGAGAUCAGGACAAUCUCAGACUGCACAGGCACAGAUUAUAUUGCCACCUCCGUUAUAAUUAGGGAUAUAAAAAGCCUCUGCUGCACGCAGCAGAACCUUCUUCUUUUUUUUUUUUUUCCUUUUUUAAUUUUUUUUUUUCCCUAAUAAUAUGUACUUUGUUCUUCAGGGAUUUGUCAGACACCGUUCGCCAUAACUGGCUGCUCUGAUUCUGCAAGUCAUCUGUGUGUGCUUGACUCAAGAAAAGAAGAGAUAAUACAUCUGUCUGUCACCACCACAGCAACGCCGCCGGAAUUAUUCCUGGGGUUGACACUGCCUCUAAAAAAAGGGAACAGUGGGUUCUUUUAUCUCUUCCCAAGCACAGCCUGAUCCCCCACUUGUUGAACAUGUGAGGUUUCCCAUUAAGCCAACGUGGGUUUUGUGGAAGAUCCUGCUUCCCUCAAACCUUUCUGGUUCAAAAGCAUUGUCAUGCUCCAUCACAGGAAAAGAGGGAGAGGACACUUUUCCCCAAGAUGGAAAAGGGCAUAUUCAUCUAAAGAAGACACAAGGAUCGUCUUUUCUUUUCAGACUGCUCACAGUACAGCAGCCAGAAACUUGCUUGACACAAGACGCUGAGAUUUCGACCUGCACUCUGACUCAAGCUGCUUCAUCUGCCUCUCUGGUAUAUCAAUUAAAUAUCUUGACUGUUUCCUUCCCCUCAGGGACUUUCCCGACGAGUGCUCUGGUUCUCAUUAUAAUUUUGAGAAAUCUUCAUUUUGUCUCAUUUGAUUCCAUCUCGUUUGACAAUCAGAGCAGAUUAUCCAGGCAGCUGCUGAGCAGGCUGGGGUGCAGCAGCAUCAGCCCCUUCCCCAGGGAAUUUAUAGCUUAAAAAUGGAGUCAAAACCAAAAGUGCUCUGGAGGAACAAAGUGAAUGGGAAAAACUAAAAGAAAGCAUGAUUUCUUGUGGCAAAGUGAGAUCUGUGCACACAAUUCUCUUUGUGUUGUUAAUGGUCUAGGAUAUGGGUCUGGGGAAACAAAAAAUUCAAGGAUGACUUGGGUUGUCUGAGUUAAAAUUUUUAAAUCUCCUUCAGGCUUCAGACAUUUGUAUUCUCUCAGGAGGAUUGUGCAGGCCCUAGAGAACCAGCAAUAUAAAUUUUUUUUUUUUCUUUUGGGUUCAAAAUCAGGACAUCUCUCCCUGGAGGAGGAGGGUGCUGUAGUACUUCUCUAGUAGUCAAUUUUAAUAAAAUUUUAGUAAUACAACAAUCACCACCAACAAGAAUAAAGCCUUUUAUUAUUAUUAUUAUUAUUACUAUUAUUAUUAUUAUUAUUAUUAUUAUUAUUAUUAUUAUUAUUAUUAUUAUUAUUAUUAUUAAUCCUCUAAUGGAAAUAGAGAAACUCAGAGAGCCAACAUGUAUUUAAGCAAACGAAUGUAGAACACACAAUAUUUAUAACAUCAUUGUCAUGGGGCAUGUAAUUCAACAGAAUUUCAAUGUAUUAUGACUACAUGUUUUUAAUAACAUGGACAAAACCUAACAGCACUGAAAUACAUAAGUAUACACAUAAUUUUUUUCCUAUUUUGUUGGGUUUAUACAUUUUUCUGUCUGUGUAUUCUUUACACAUAUCCUGAAUUGCUGCCUGAUUGGUGGUUCUGUCACUUAAAAAACUUUGUUGCUUAGAAUUGAGAGUUUUGUCUCUUAAGCAAGAACACUUUAAAGGGUCGUUUUCAUUGAACAUUUUUCUCAAUCUAUAAAAGCUCC